AUGUAUAUUCGCCAGAAGCAAUAUAAGGAUGAUCCAGAUGAAUUAUAUGCACUGUGUGAUGAUCCGUUAUCUUAUCCUGUCAAGCUAAUAAAUGAGAAACUUUGUCUAUCGGAUAUUACUAAAGAGCACGAUCUUUUUCUUGAAAACUCUGGUUUUAUGGUGAUUGGGGCAAUUGGAACCCAAGGCUCUGGGAAGUCUAGCGUUCUGAACCUUCUUGCGAAUCAAUUGCAUCCAGACGCAGGGGUGUAUAAUGAUCCUUUUGAAGUACAAACCGAAUACACCAUAUUAAGCUGUUGCUCACAAACGCUGGGCUUAGAUCUAUAUAUAACACAGGACAGACUUAUCCUCCUUGAUGCCCAGUAUCCUGAAUAUACAUAG